AUGAGCUCGACCGACGAGCUGUUCUUGAACGGCCAGAUCAAGCCCCAAGUCCUCACGCCAUUACUGGAUUUCAACGAGGAGGAAGAAGGAGAUCUAGAGCUCGGUAAUAAGAAAGGAUUUCACCGUGAGUCAAAUAAUGAAGAAGAGAGAGGUUUGGGUUAUGGGUUUGGUGGUUUUAAUGAUGUGGCGGGUCGGGUUUUAUUUUUAUUGGGUUAA